UUCUUUGGAUUUUAACCCCCUCUCUCUCUCUCUCUCUCUCACACACACACACGCAGACAUCAUCCUCAUCACACACACCCUUUCCUUUCGCACUAUCGCAUUCACAACCUCUCUUCUUUCUUUCUAAUCUUCUUCUUCCAUGGCUUCUUCUGAAACAAGAAUGAACAAGGGAAGAGAAAAAGAAGAAGCCAUAGCAAACGGUGUGAAGAUGAGGGCACUUCAAGCUGGUCUUAUGCAGAAGUCAAGCCCUUCCUCUACUUACAGUAGCAGAAUCCCUUCUUCAUCUUCUCCAGCUUCUCGUCCUCUCCCCAACCUCUCUGCUCAUGACUAUCCCGUUUUCACUCCUAGCUAUGAAGAUGAGCCUGUAUCUGCAUUUCAUCACAAGAAUCUCACAUUAUCCGAGACCUGGGAUGAAUCUGGUGUUGGUUUAAUAGAAGGAGACGAAGAUCAAGAUUUGAGACAUACUUAUCACUCCGAUUCUUACAAAACUUCAACUUCAAGAAAGACUUUAACCCCUCAGCAAGAUUCCCAUGUUUACACCAUGUCAGACGCUCUCAGAUCCCCACCACCGCCGUUGCAUUUUUAUACAACCGGUAGAAGAAGUAACUGCGGUGGCUCGGUUGACUUUAGAUCGGUCUCUUCUUGCAAUGAGUACAACAACAGACAAAGAGGUUUCGAUACCAAGAGCUUGAAGAGCUCUAAUCUCGUCGUGCCCUUGACGGAUUCUCACUCCGUUGUGGUUUCUUCUCAGACAAGAAACCGUGGAGGUAGAGUGAUGUCUUGGUUGUUCCCCAAGCUAAAGAGGAAGCAGAAGAGUAAUUCAAUCUUUAACUCCCCUAGUAGAACCGAGAGAUCAGAAGAAGUCGUCUCUGAGGUGUUGAAAGACUCUGGUGGUUCUGGUGUUGACAAGUUGAAGAGAGAGUUGAUGGAAGCGAACAGAAGCAGAGACGCUGCGUUGACACAAGUCGAAGAGAUGAAAUCUUCUUUGGGAGAGUUCAGCGAGAAGCUUCAGUACUUGGAAAGUUACUGCGACGGUUUAAAGAAAGCUUUGAGACAAGCAACUGAAGUAGUGUCUCAAGACAAAGCUGUAGUGAAGAAGACGAAGAACUCAGAGAUGCCAGUGAGUGAAGAGGUGAUGGUCGAAGGGUUCUUGCAGAUCGUGUCCGAAUCAAGACUAUCGAUAAAGCAGUUCUUGAAAACAUUAGUCACAGAGAUGGAGGAAGAAGACUCGGCUCUUAUUGGUAACAUCAACGCUCUCCUCCAACCUUACAACUUAUCAUUCACCUCCAAGUACUCCAAGAUCAUCCAAUACCACUUGGAAGCGAUCAUAAGCCAAACUAUAUACCAAGACUUCGAGAACUGCGUCUUCCAGAAGAACGGUACACCGAAACUACUCGAUCCAGAGCAAGAACGCCAAGCUAAAUUCUCGUCGUUUGCUUCCUUGAGAAACUUGAGCUGGAACGAGGUAUUGAAAAAGGGCACGAAAUACUACAGCGAGGAGUUCAGUAGUUUCUGCGACGAGAAGAUGAGUUUGAUCAUCGCAACGUUGAAGUGGACAAGACCUUGGUCUGAACAAAUGCUCCAAGCGUUCUUUGUCGCUGCGAAAUGUGUAUGGUUGCUUCAUUUGCUUGCCUUCUCGUUUAAACCGGCGUUAGGGAUCUUGAGGGUGGAAGAGAACAGAGUGUUUGAGUCGAGUUAUAUGGAAGAUAUGGGUGGAGGGGAUCGAGACAGCAGGACGCAGAGAUCAGCAGCUUCACGUGGACAAGGGAGGGUUAAGGUUAUGGUGAUGCCAGGGUUUUAUAUUCAAGAUAGGGUUUUAAGAUGUAAGGUUCUUUGCAGGUACAAGUCACUAGGCUAAAGAGAGUGUGGCACGCACGCUAUGUAAUUUUUUCUGUAGCUUUAUCUAUUGAGUUUCGUCUUAAAUCUUUAGGAGGCAGAUUUUCCUUUUUUCUUUUUUUUUUUAGGAGUCAGAUUUUUCUUAAGUUACGUUAAGAGGAAACCGUGGGAAAAGUUGCGGCUGGAAAA